UGCUCUCGUAUUUUUAUGUUUGAAAAAUGACCCUUCACUUUCACGUUCCUUAAAUGUGUGUAUAUACGUCUCUCUUUCGUGAUCUGAUCGGAAUCUUUACCAGUUAAUUAUCUAUGAGCAGAUAAGACUGGUGGUUGAGUCCUUUUUCUUUCUUAUUUUUUGUCUUUUGUGGAGUUUAAAGAGGUAAGGGAGAAGAUCAUUUCGUUCCUUAUUGUAGAAUUUUUCGUAACCAACUUACUACAGUUUUUAUUUCCUGGCUUUAUUUCUUGAGCUCUGCAGGUACUCAGAUAUUACUUCUCAUUUUAACACUAUAACGCAUUUUUAAUUAUAUCUCAAUAAUUGGUAAAUGGGGUCCGAAGGGCCUCCUGCAUUAAUAAUUCAUGUGACGGGUUUUAAGAAAUUCCAUGGAGUUUCAGAGAAUCCAACUGAGACAAUUGUUAGUAAUCUCAAAGAGUAUGUGACGAAGAAGGGACUGCCAAAAGGUCUAAUUCUUGGGAGUUGCAGCAUUCUUGAGACUGCAGGACAAGGAGCUCUUUCUCCCUUAUACCAGACGUUGCAAUCUGCCAUUAGUGGGUUGGAUUCUGAAUCUUCAAAUUCUGGAAGAACUAUUUGGGUACACUUUGGAGUUAAUAGUGGUGCAACAAGGUUUGCCAUUGAGAAACAAGCUGUCAAUGAAGCUACUUUUCGCUGUCCCGAUGAGCUGGGAUGGAAGCCCCAGAAAGCUCCCAUCAUUCCUGCAGAUGGUGGAAUUUCACACAUGCGACAGACCUCUCUUCCAAUUGAGGAGAUUACCAAGGCAUUGGCAAAGAUGGGUUAUGAAGUGAUGACCUCAGAUGAUGCAGGACGAUUUGUAUGCAAUUAUGUUUACUAUCAUUCCCUUCGAUUUGCAGAGCAGAAAGGGACCAAAUCGCUCUUUGUGCAUGUGCCCCUCUUCUCGACCAUAGACGAGGAGACCCAAAUGCGGUUUGCUGCCUCAUUGUUGGAGGUACUUGCUUCUUUACAUUGAUGAUAUGAUCCACCCACAAGCUUAUGUCCAGGAGCUCAUGUGUUUGUAAUGUUGUUGGCCAUUUUGGUGAAGGUUGCUGGAUGCAUUAAUGUGCUUUAAUAAAUGGAAAGUGUGUUUUAACUGGAAAAAAAUUCUAUUGCACAUGUACUUCAUGCAUUUUGGUGAAUGCUUUUCAAAGGGUUUUGGCAACUCGCUGAAAUCUUUGAUGGCAGAUGAAAUGCUAGUUUCCUCGACUAUUGUUUGCCCCA